GGCAACCUGGGCGACUACGCCUGGGGGCAGAACUCCCUGGACGAUAUCAUUACACGGAUUAUGGAGCAGAACCAAGGCGUGAAUGCGCCGCCGCCAGCCACUGAGGCGCAGAUGGCCAAGCUGGUGUGCAGGGUGAUUUUGGAGGACGAGGUGGCCAGGAAUGUGGAGUGCGGCAUCUGCAUGGAGGAGUACAAGGUUGAGGAGCAGGUGAUGGGGCUGCCGUGCAAGCAUUUUUACCACAAGGAGUGCAUCGACCAUUGGCUCCGGAUGAACGGGACCUGUCCGAUUUGCCGCAAGGGGAUCGAGGAGGAG